GACAGCCGCGGGCAGAGUCGCGGGGCGUAGGACGGCCCGCCGCCCGGCUGGGGACAGGCUCCCGGCGCGCUGGUCCAUGCUGGUCCCGGUCUUUGUUCUGGGGCCGGCGUGGAGACAUGCGCGGCUGACGAUGGAGGUGGAGGACUCGGGCGGCGUGGUGCUGACCGCCUACCACUCGUACGCCCGCUCGCAGCCCCCCGGCGCCGAGCCGCGCUGUGCGCCCCGGGCCGCCGCCAGCCAUCCACUCAGCAGAAAAUCCAUCCCACGCUGCCGAAGAAUCAACAGGAUGCUCUCCAAUGAAUCCCUCCAUCCCGCCUCAUUCAGCCGCUCCAACUCACAAGCCUCCGUAGACAGCGCCUCCAUGGAGGAUUUCUGGCGGGAAAUAGAAAGCAUUAAAGAGAGCACCAUGGGAGGACAAGAGGAACAGCCACCAGCCGAGGCCAUGCCUGUGGAUGAAGGAGAACUUGAAGCAGAGUGGUUGCAAGAUGUGGGUUUAUCAGCUCUGAUCUCUGGUGACAAAGAGGAAGAUGGCAAGGCCUUGCUCUCUACAUUGACUCGGACUCAAGCAGCUGCAGUGAAAAAGAGAUAUAAUACCUAUACUCAAACCAUGAGGAAAAAGAAUAAGCAGCCUGUCAGGGAUGUCAGAGACAUCUUUGGAGUCAGUGGAUCUCCUCCAGGUGAUACUUGUGAAAACCAUUCUUCUCAGUUGGAUGGCACCCAGGAAGAAAAAGAGCUACCAGAAGUUCCCAAAACAGGUGGUCUCAUGCCAGAUGAUGCUUCUCUCAACAGUACUACCCUGUCUGAUGCGUCCCAGGACAGAGAAGGGAGUUUUGCAGUUCCCAGGAGUGGCUCUGUGUCUAUACUGGAGAGUAUUGCAGACAUUCCAGUUCAUUCCAAUGGAUCUCCAGACCCUGGACAGUCAGUUCAGAACACCUUGAGUGAUGAUGAUUAUCUGGAAAAGAACAUUCCGCCAGAGGCUGAAGAGUUAUCUUUUGAAGUGUCUUAUUCAGAAAUGGUAACAGAAGCUCCAAAAAGACAUAAACUUAAGAAGUCAGAGAUUAAGAAGGAAGACUAUGCUUUAACUAAAUUUAUUGUUCAGAAAACCAGAUUUGGCUUAACUGAAGCAGGAGAUCUGUCUGCUGAAGACAUGAAGAAAAUCCGCCAUCUCUCUCUGAUUGAACUGACUGCUUUUUUUGAUGCCUUUGGAAUUCAGCUAAAAAGAAACAAAACAGAAAAAGUAAAAGGACGAGACAAUGGGAUUUUUGGAGUUCCACUUACAGCCCUCCUGGACAAUGACCGAAAGAAAGACCCUGGAGUGAAAGUUCCCCUGGUCUUACAAAAAUUUUUUGAGAAAGUUGAGGAAUCGGGUCUGGAAUCUGAAGGAAUUUUUCGACUUUCGGGAUGUACUGCCAAAGUCAAGCAAUACCGUGAAGAACUGGAUGCCAAGUUUAAUGCUGAUAAAUUUAAAUGGGACAAAAUGUGCCAUAGAGAAGCUGCAGUGAUGUUGAAAGCUUUUUUCAGAGAACUGCCCACCUCUCUCUUCCCUGUGGAAUAUAUACCUGCCUUCAUCGCUCUAAUGGAAAGAGGGCCUCACAUCAAAGUGCAAUUUCAAGCCUUACACCUUAUGGUCAUGGCAUUGCCAGAUGCCAACAGGGACACAGCCCAGGCCCUCAUGACAUUCUUCAAUAAAGUGAUUGCCAAUGAAUCAAAAAACCGAAUGAGUAUGUGGAACAUUUCUACUGUAAUGGCACCAAACCUUUUCUUCAGUAGAAGCAAACAUUCUGAUUAUGAAGAGUUGCUUUUAGCAAACACCGCAGCCCACAUCAUCCGCCUCAUGCUUACUUACCAGAAAAUUUUGUGGAAGGUUCCAUCUUUCUUAAUCACUCAAGUAAGAAGAAUGAAUGAAGCUACCAUGCUGCUAAAGAAGCAGCUCCCAAGUGUAAGAAAGCUGCUCAGGAGGAAGACCAUAGAACGAGAGACUGCAAGCCCCAAGACUUCCAAGGUACUUCAAAAGUCACCGUCUUCGAGAAGAAUGUCGGACGUGCCAGAAGGAGUCAUACGUGUCCAUGCUCCACUUCUCUCCAAGGUGUCCAUGGCCAUUCAACUCAACGGUCAGACCAAAGCCAAAGACAUAUUGGCGAAAUUUCAGUAUGAAAACAGUCAUGGUUCAUCGGGUAUUAAGAUUCAGAACCAAAGGUUAUAUGAAAUUGGAGGAAAUAUAGGACAGCAUUGCUUGGAUCCAGAUGCAUAUAUAUUGGAUGUAUAUCAUGUAAAUCCUCAAGCAGAAUGGGUGAUUAAACCCCAGUCAAGUUCUUGAAAUACCCUCAAGAUGGCUGCUAUCAUGUAUUAUAUGCCAAGAAGGUCCUACAUUUGAUGAGGAAAAAACAACACUACUUUUGA